CAUGGCAAGCCUUUAUAGGGCCACGUGUCUUAGGGGUAUUUUUAUCCUAAUCACUUGGGAUAGAAUUGCUACUCACAAGCCUUUUAUCUUUAUUAUUUUAGAAUCUUAAAGCAAUGGGGUUUAGUGCCCUUCAAGUUAGUAAGCUCCUUGGCUUUGAUGGUCUUCGCUUUAUCGGUGGAAUAUGGCUAAUGUACAACUACGGAGUUGAGUUAAUUCUUUACAAUUCCAAAACCAUCAACUACUUCCAUGCUCUUUUUAAAUUCAAGCCCAAUAACACUAAAGUGUUGAUUACUGGCAUCCACGCUCCCUCUAAUCCUGCUAAUCGUCAUAAGCUUUGGAAUGAUCUUAAAAAUUCUUUGCUGCCGGAUGAUACUCCAUGGAUGUUGCUUGGUGACCUUAAUGAAGUUACUUCCCCCUCCGAAAAAAUGGGGGGAAGAAAUUUCAGAAUGUCUCAAUGCCGAGACCUUAACAUGCUUGCUAAUGUCGCGUGCCUUGUUGAUCUUGGCUUCAACGACAACCCUUUUACUUGGCACAAUGCUCGUGAAGGCGCUGCUAUCAUUAGGGAGAGGCUAGAUCGUGCUAUGACAAACCCGAGUUGGCAUAAUACUUUCCCGAACACUCAGGCUUCAUCUACUAUGGUUGCUUCUACUUCCAAGAGCUCACCAAGAGCUUGGUCUCCCCCCAAAGAGGAUACCAUAAACUGAAUACCGAUGCUUCUUGGUUAAGUUUGGGUGAAGCUGGUGCCGGUGGGAUCAUUCUUUGCGAAAAAGGGAAAUGGCAAAUUGGUUUUUCUGUCUAGAUUAAUGCUUUGGGACCUGCUUCAACUGAACUUUAUGCAAUCAAAGAAGGACUGAUCACUAGCUGGGCAAGAGGAAUCAGAUUCCUUAAACUUGAAACUAAUGCACAGGCCCUUAUAUAUAUGAGAACCUGCUUUACUACAUAGAUCAUGAGCUCUCUAACCUUAUCAAUGACAUUGUUAAGCUUCUUCAAAAGGAGUGGAGUGUCACUAUCCUCCAUGUCGAAUGCCAAGCAAACAUAAUUGCUCACAAACUUGUUGAAAUGGGAAGACACCAGCCUAAUGAUGAUGUUGCCUAUUAGUUUUUCUCCCCCACUACUCUCACCAAAGUUUACAUGGAAGAAUUGGCCUACACUCUAGGCCUAACUGAUGCUCCCUGACCGGUUUUCAGCUGCUGCCCAUGGACUUCUCCUAAGCCCCACUCUUUCGAAGACUAAUGUUAAUGUUAAUGCUGAUGUUGCUGCUACUAUUUUAGUUUUUUAUGUUUAGUUUUUAUUCCUGUUUUUAGCUCACUUGCUCUUCCAGACUUUCUUUUGCUUUCUCGGUUUUGUUUGGUGCACCUUGGGUAUCAUGAUUGCUAAUUUUCUCUCCAUAGCUUCAUGGUUUCCCGUUUUAGCUUCAUGGUUUCCCCUUUAAUCAUCCUUAUGUAAUAUAAGUUUCGUCUUUUUUGUAAAAAAAACUACCUAAAAACAACAUUAUCAAAAUAUAAUUAAAAUCAUGCUUUGAAUUAAUUAAAACAAGCCAAAAACGUAAAACUUUUGCAAUCAAGAUUUAUUCUUUCUCCUUCUCUCUCCUCCUCUCUUCUAAGGUUUUCUAAAUUUUUUGGUUGUUCAGGUCGAAAAUAGUAUAAUUUCUUUGGUAAUUAGACUAUUUUUGAUACUUUUCCCCUUAUUUUCUUUAGUUAUGCAAUUUAGAUUUCAAUAAAUCUACACGAGUAGUGUAGAUGUUCAUCCGUCUCCAAAUGGUGGAGUGUCUUCCUAUGUUGGAGUCGUUAAUAUUUGUUGGUUUAGUUAUUUAUUUUUGUUUGGGGUUUUUUUUUUGUGUGUCAGGGUUUAUUAAAAAGGUAAUCAUCUUUUGCCUUAUUAUCAGUUCAUUGGUAAAGAGUUGUCCGGGAACGCAACGGUUGUUAAAUCUUCGAAAGAAUUAAAGUGAAUCUAAUGAAAAUCAUCCUUACGACUACAACAAAUUGUUAGACCGUUUCUCCGAAAAGACUGUAUAUUUCAGCGAUAUGCGUGAGAGAUGUACCAUAGUGCAAGAUUUAUUCAACGAUCGUAGCUUCGAUGAAGGAAACCCUUAUUUGAUUCAAUUAUAUGUAUUUGUUGAUUUAGAUUUCAUU